AGCAGAAAAAAAGAGGAACGGCAGCGCGCGGAUGCGUUUUUUUUUUAACGUGCGUUUCUGUGCGCGCGCAUGGCUUUCCCCGUAGCUAAAGCCGUAGCGGCUCUCUCUCAGUGUGCAUGUCGAGCUUCAGCCGAAGCUGAAGCACCCGGCCAGAGCGGCACAAAGAUGCGGUACAACACCUAACUUCUAGCUCAUACCAUGGUUUGAACACCUUCAAGGUUAUUUUUCAGCUAGUCUCAAAAUGACGACGCUGAACUCGAGGUGAGAAGCGCCGUCUGCCUGUACCGAGGAGAGAGUGCGCACUGGUUUCUUGCCUUUUUUUUUUUUUUUUUAAUCCAAAGGGAAAUAAGCCAAGAUACAUUUCUUGUUGUUGCUGCAAUACUAUAGUUUUUCGACAGUUUUUUCUUUUAAUUUUACGGAGCAAUGACGACGGGACAGGAUGAAAGUUCAGUCCGCGUGGCACUGAGGAUCCGUCCUCAGCUGCCCAGGGAGAAGAUCGAGGGAUGCCACAUCUGUACGUACGUGAUGCCUGGAGAGCCUCAGGUCAUCCUGGGGAAGGACAAGUCCUUUACGUACGACUUUGUGUUCGACAUGGACUCCCAGCAGGACGCCAUCUACUCCACCUGCACCGAGAAGCUGAUCGAGGGCUGCUUCGAGGGCUACAACGCCACAGUGUUUGCAUACGGACAGACAGGAUCGGGGAAGACGUACACGAUGGGGACCGGCUUCGACGUCAACAUAAUGGAGGAUGAGCUGGGGAUCAUUCCUCGUGCUGUCCAUCAUCUCUUCAAGGGCAUUGAGGAGCGCCGGCAGGUGGCCCAGGAGCAGGGACGUCCGGUACCAGAGUUCAAGAUCAACGCACAGUUCCUCGAGCUUUACAAUGAGGAGGUCCUGGACCUGUUUGACUCCACACGAGACAUGAAGCAGAAAUCUCACAUUAAGAUCCACGAAGACGCCAACGGGGGCAUCUAUACGGUUGGAGUGACCACACGGACUGUUUCUUCAGAGGCUGAGAUGAUGCAGUGCCUGAAGCUGGGCGCUCUGUCUCGUACGACAGCCAGCACUCAGAUGAAUGUCCAGAGCUCCCGAUCCCACGCCAUCUUCACCAUCCACCUGUGCCAAGUUCGCGUCUGUGCCUCUGACAAUCAAGAAGGUGAGAAUGAUAACAAGGUGUCUAAUGGAAACGGGGAGAUGGAUGAAUAUGAGACCCUGACCGCCAAGUUUCACUUUGUGGACCUGGCUGGUUCUGAGAGACUGAAGAGAACCGGAGCGACAGGCGACCGGGCCAAAGAGGGCAUCUCCAUCAACUGUGGACUGCUGGCGCUGGGGAAUGUAAUCAGUGCUCUAGGAGACCGAAGCAAGCGGGCUUCUCAUGUGCCUUACAGAGACUCCAAACUGACCCGACUGCUGCAGGACUCGCUGGGAGGAAACAGCCAAACGGUUAUGAUUGCAUGCAUUAGUCCGUCCGAUCGUGACUUCAUGGAAACCCUGAACACGUUAAAGUACGCCAACCGAGCCCGCAACAUCAAGAACAAGGUGAUGGUGAACCAGGACAAGGCCAGCCAGCAGAUCAGUGCGCUGAGGACCGAGAUCGCCCGACUGCAGAUGGAGCUGAUGGAGUACAAGACGGGUAAACGCAUGGUGGGCGAGGACGGCGUGGAGAGCUUCAGCGACAUGUUCCAUGAGAACUCCAUGCUGCAGACUGAGAACAGCAACCUGAGGGUUAGGGUGAAAGCCAUGCAGGAGACCAUCGACGCCCAGAGGGCUCGCCUCACCCAGCUGCUCAGCGAUCAGGCCAACCAGGCUCUGGCCAGGGCAGGUGAAGGAGGAACGGAGGAAAUCGGAAACAUGAUACAGAGUUACAUCAAAGAAAUUGAAGAUCUUCGGGCUAAACUGCUGGAGAGUGAAGCGGUGAAUGAGAACCUGAGGAAGAAUCUGUCGCGCGCCUCCACCCGUCAGUCAUUCUACGGAGGGCCCGGCUCCUUCUCCAACGCUCUGAUGGCCCCCGAGAAAGAGACCGCCGACAUCAUUGAGCUUGCUAAAAAAGACCUGGAGAAACUGAAGAAGCGAGAGAAAAAGAAAAAGAAAAGACUCCAGCAGCUGUUGGAGGAGAGAGAGAGGGAGGAAAGGGAGGAGGUGGUGGAGGAGGUGGAUGCCAGCGUAAACAAAGAAGAAGUUCCUGACAACGAACAGGAGAAACCAAAUGAGAAGGAAAUGAACGAAGAGACUGAAAUGGAUGUACAAGACACCAGUGAUCAUGAAGAUGGAGAGGAUGAGGAGGAAGAGGAGGAAGAGGAGAUGGAUGUGGAGGAGACCUCUGACGAUUCUGACUCUGAGUCGGAUGAAAAAGAGAACUACCAGGCCGAUCUGGCCAACAUCACAUGUGAGAUCGCCAUCAAGCAGAAGCUGAUCGACGAGCUGGAGAACAGCCAGCGGCGUCUGCACACGCUCAAGCAGCAGUACGAGCAGAAGCUGAUGAUGCUGCAGUGCAAGAUCAGGGACACCCAGCUGGAGCGCGACCGCGUCCUUCAGAACAUGAACUCUGUGGAAAGUGGCACAGAGGACAAGGCUCGUAAAAUCAAGACUGAAUAUGAGAAGAAGCUGAGCGUCAUGAACAAGGAGCUUCAGAAGCUCCAGUCGGCUCAGAAGGAACACGCCCGCCUGCUGAAGAACCAAUCACAGUACGAGAAGCAACUGAAGAAGCUCCAGAUGGAUGUGACUGAAAUGAAAAAGACAAAGGUUCGUCUUAUGAAGCAAAUGAAGGAGCAGCAGGAGAAAAAUCGACUGAAUGAGUCACGCAGGAACAGAGAAAUUGCCUCUUUGAAGAAGGACCAGCGAAAGCAAGAGCAUCAACUAAAGCUACUGGAGGCUCAGAAAAGACAGCAGGAGCUGAUUCUGAGGAGGAAGACUGAGGAGGUGACCGCUCUGAGAAGGCAGGUGAGGCCCACCUCAGGUAAAGUGGUUCGGAAAGUCAACCUUCCGGAGGCGGUUCAGGACUCCAGCCACCGCCCGCCCACCGGACGCCUUUACUCCUCCAGCAGCACGGCUGCCAACGGCACAUGGUCCUCCUACAGGCGCACAGCUGGUGUUUAUUCCACCAGAGUCGCUCGUAACAAAUGGCAGACCCUGGAGCGGCGCAUCUCAGACGUCAUAAUGCAGAGGAUGACCAUCUCUAACAUGGAGGCCGACAUGAACCGUCUCCUCAAGCAACGAGAGGAGCUGACGAAACGAAAGGAGAAGGUGAUCAGGAAGAGGGACCGGCUGUUGAGAGAGGGUCUGGAGGCAGAGAAGACCAUGCUCCCCCUCAACGAGGAAGUGGAUGCUCUGACCGCCAACAUUGAUUACAUUAAUGACAGCAUAGCCGACUGUCAGGCCAACAUUAUGCAGAUGGAGGAAACCAAGGAGGAGGGUGACACAGUGGACGUCUCUGCUGUGAUUGGUUCUUGCACUCUGGUUGAAGCUCGUUUCCUACUGGAUCAUUUCAUGUCCAUGGCAAUUAACAAGGGUCUGCAGGCGGCUCAGCGGGAGUCUCAGGUGAAGGUGAUGGAGGGCCGCCUGAAGCAGACUGAAAUCACCAGCGCCACACAGAACCAGCUGCUGUAUCACAUGCUGAAGGAGAAGGCCGAGUUCAACCCGGAGCUGGACGCGCUGCUGGGAAACGCUCUGCAAGAGCUAGGUAACUUCCCAGUUGAAAACGGGGAUGAUAGCAGCAGCGAUGAGUCAGCCCAGAGUCCCUCAGCAGAAGGAACCACAUUGGCGUCGGACCUUAUGAAACUUUGUGGGGAGUCCAAAACAAGGAGCAAGGCCCGCAGGAGGACCACCACUCAGAUGGAGCUUCUGUAUGCAAACAGUGAAUCUGCUGGUGAUGCGCCCGCUGACUUCUCCGGCCCCAUGCUGUCUUUGGCUGAAACCCCAGAUGGAGGUGGAGUGGACAUGGACUUGUCGGGCCCAUCAGUCAGAGACUACACAGCUCUUUCCCCUGGCUUUUCCUCUAAAAUGGGCAGCAUCUCUGGCUCCAGAACUGUGUCAGGUUUGGAGAAGCGAACCCCAGAGCCGUCCCCACUCUCUCGCAGGAAGACCUAUGACAAGACACAAGCAGCGGCUGACAGGGCAAAGGUCAAGGAGAAUAAACAGGGCGUCAUCAACCCAGUGCCGUCCACUAAGAGCAGCCGCUCGGCGACGUUGCAGUGUGUUCACGUGGCAGAGGGACACAGCAAGGCCGUGCUGUGCGUAGACUGCACCGACGACCUUUUGUUCACCGGAUCCAAAGACCGGACCUGUAAAGUGUGGAACCUGGUGACGGGUCAGGAGAUAAUGUCCCUGGGAGGCCACCCUAACAACGUGGUGUCUGUCCGCUACAGCUCCAGUCUAGUCUUCACCGUCUCCACUUCAUACAUCAAAGUGUGGGACAUCAGGGACUCGGCCAAAUGCAUCAGAACUCUAACGUCCUCUGGUCAGGUCAACGUUGGGGAUAUAUGUGCAUCUAACACCAGUCGGACGGUCACCAUCCCGUCAGGGGAAAACCAGAUCAACCAAAUUGCUCUCAAUCCCAAUGGGAUGGUCCUCUAUGCUGCUGCUGGAAACUCAGUUCGGGUAUGGGAUCUGAGGAGGUUCGUUUCCACCGGAAAGCUAACGGGUCACCUGGGUCCUGUCAUGUGUCUGACUGUGGAUCAGUCUGGAAACAACCAAGACCUGGUGAUCACUGGGUCCAAGGAUCAUUACAUUAAGCUGUUCGAUGUAAGUGAAGGCUCUCUGGGGAGCGUCAGCCCUGCGCACAACUUUGAGCCUCCCCACUAUGACGGUAUCGAGUCACUGGUGGUCCAGGGAGACAUUUUCUUUAGCGGUUCCCGCGACAAUGGAAUCAAAAAGUGGGAUCUGGAUCGCAAAGACUUGCUGCAGCAAGUCCCAAAUGCUCACCGUGACUGGGUUUGCGCCCUGGGCAUCGUCCCCUGCUCCCCGGCCCUGCUGAGUGGCUGCAGAGGAGGGGUGCUCAAGCUCUGGCACACAGACACACUGGGGCCUCUGGGGGAGCUCAAGGGUCAUGAGAGCCCCAUAAACAGCAUCGCUGCGAACAGCAGCCACCUGUUUACAGCCUCCGACGACCGCACAGUGAAGAUCUGGCGCGCCCGCGGUGGACUGGACAGCACCUUAGAGGGCGCGGACAAUGCAGACGAGGUGGCCAGUAACUGAGCACAGAGCCCCCUGCCUGUGUUGACUCCAGAAGGACGUAACUGCAUUCUGUGACGCUGCUGCUCUUGCACUUUGCCCUCAACAUCUUAACCCAGCGCUGACUCUGAAUAUGCUCACUGUCUUGGCCAUACGAUUGUUGACUCAGCCCAAACUCGCUCAGUAAUCUCAAAAUCUCUUAAGGUAUUUUUUUCAUUUCAAUGUUCGGUACGGCACCAUUUUAGGUUUUCCGCUGUGCGAACUGCAGCAUUGUGAGUUUCUCCUGAUUGUCAGUUGAAAUGACAAGUUCAUUCCAAAUCUUGAAAGUGUGCGCUGACACACACACACACACGCACACACACACACACACACACACACACACACACUCUCGAAAGGGGUUUGUUUCUGUGUCCAAGACGGUGCAGAGACGAGCAGCUGAUCCCUGCCUGCAUCGAGAGGAUUCUGAACCACAGAGAAAACCCAAGCAUGAACUGCGCCAUGCCACGCAACGGAAACAUGCCAUAGACUGACUCUGUCCACUCUCUAUUACAGUUUCUAGGAAAAACGCCUUUUCUGCUUGUGCCGUAGAAGAGUAAUCAUAGGAGCUUGUACUUUGAGAACAGACACAACGAUACAGUUUCUAGAGUAACUGUUCAGCUCAGCAUAGUAAAUCCUGAUCUAGGAGACAAAACGGAUAAACUCUUACCCAGAAACAAAAGAUUGUUUUCAGAUUUGGGAAGAACUGAUUGGAAGUCUGUUGUAGGAGGAAAACUUGGUAGAUUUAGAGUUGAUAGCGAUCACUUCUGAGUUCAUUUAAUAGAUUUCUUUCACAUCAGAACCAACUUCUCACAUGGCCAUUCCUGAGGGGAAACUAACAGGACACUGUUUCAUCUCAGCUCUGCUGUUGGAUAAUAACUUUAGUUCACCAAGCAAAUCUGUGCAACUUAUACGAAGUUAAGAUGUUACCACUAAUAUGAAUGAAACUACAUCAACCUUUUUUUAAAGUUAUUAAUUUAAAACAAGUCAUUAUGUCUUGUACAAUUUUGGAAUUUUCAGGAUUUUAUGCGUCGAUUUCUUUGGUUGUUUCUUUUUCUUCCUUUGUUUUUAAAUCCCAUUUUUACAGAAUGCUUCCCCACCGGGAAAGUUCAGAGUUUUGUGGCCAAUUUUAAGUCUUAAAUUUUUCUAAAGCUUCGAUCUGCCGGUCCAGAUUUUAGCUAACUCGAAUUUCUUCCUUAAGGAUUGCAAAACAAGAACGUACAAAACAGCGUGUUUUUUUGUUUUUUUUUGUCUUUGUUUCUUUCUUGUAAAAAAGAAAGAAACAAAAAGCAAAAUCAUUUUAAACUGGACUUAGUAUCAUGUAUUGGCAACAUCACUGUUAGCUUGAUAGCAUUUCUAAAACCAGUCUCUGUGGAUACAUCCUAGAGAAUGUAAAUAUUUAUGUUUACGGAGAUUUCCAAAAGGCUGCCAACAGUUUCUAAAUCCAGCAUGUUCUGACUCACGGUACACAUAAAACAAUAUGUUUUAGGAAAUUGUCAGCCUUCCGAUUAUCUACUGAAACUUCUCCUUUCCCACAGCCUGAAUGAAAAGUAGAUAUAGUAUAUUCAGUUUUAUCUAAAAAAAAUUUUUUUCACCUCUUUCCUUCCUCUCGCUUUAAACAUAACUAUUUGGAAAAACUGCUAACUUUGAGUCUUCUCACAUUUGCAGCAUCCAAAAUUGUCCAGUUCCAGUCAGCCCCUCAUUUUUCUGAGCCUCUCUAAGUAACUGCAGAUCGUUUAAAGGGCAAAGCUCUUAGUUUUAGCCUCUUAAUGUAAUGAGAAGAGUGGAAAUCUCCUUCAACUUUGUGGAACUAUUCCUUUAACACUUGAGCACUUGUUAAAAAAAACAAACAAAAAAAAAACAAAAAAAAAA